GGCUGCCACAAGACAAAAUGGCGGCGAGGACCACUUUAGCUGUAUUACUAACUGUUUACUGUUUAACUGAGGUGCAAUGUACAAAAUUUCCUGACGGCUUCACAUUUGGCGUUGCAACGGCGGCCCAUCAAAUUGAAGGCGCUUGGAAUGUUAGUGGAAAAUCAGAAAAUGUUUGGGAUCAUCUCACCCACAAUAAGCCAUGGAUGGUUGCUGAUGGAACCAACGGUGAUAUUGCAUGCGAUUCGUACAAUAGAUACAGAGAGGAUGUCGAAGCUCUGGCACACUUAGGUGUCGAUUUCUAUCGCUUCUCGUUUUCUUGGGCAAGAAUUUUACCAACAGGUCGCGUAGAUUACAUCAAUCCUGAUGGAAUUCGUUACUAUCACGAUCUGUUAGACGCUCUUGCAGAAAAGAAUAUCGAACCAUUGGUGACAUUGUUCCACUGGGACUUACCUCAAACCUUACAAGAUCUAGGAGGCUGGGCAAACCCUAAAAUGGUUGACUAUUUCGCUGACUACGCUGAUUUAUGCUUCCGUGAAUUUGGUGAUAAGAUCAAAUCGUGGAUUACCUUUAAUGAGCCGUAUGAAAUAUGCGAAGAUGCUUAUGGAGACGAGAAGAAAGCACCAGCUAUCAACAGCCACGGCGUUGGAAACUAUCUAUGCAGUGACACGUUAUUGAAAGCUCAUGCAGAAGCAUAUCACUUGUACAAUGAUACCUACAGACCAACGCAAAAUGGUAGAAUCAUGAUAUCCAUCAACUCUAUUUGGUAUGAACCCAGCGACCCAAACAACGCCGAGCAAGUGGCAUUAGCAGAAGUAGCUAAUCAGUUCAAGUUUGGUUGGUUUGCACAUCCAAUAUUUACAGAAAAUGGUGGGUACCCACAAGUAAUGAUUGAGAACGUUGCACAACAAAGCCAAGCCGAGGGAUUGCGCAAGUCUCGCUUGGAACAAUUUGAUGAAUACUGGAUAAAUAGAAUUAGAGGAACUUCGGAUUUCCUUGGAAUUAACCAUUACACGACACAUUUAAUUAUGGGAGCUGGUGUUGACCCAACGGCACAGUCUCCCUCGUGGUUGAAAGAUAUCGGCGUAGUCACAUCUUUGGAGGUCGGAGAACCCACUGCAUCGGAAUGGUUCAGGGUGGUGCCUACAGGUUUUGCAAACUUAUUACGCUGGUGCAAAAGUUCAUACAACGACCCGCCAAUCUACAUCACAGAAAACGGUUAUUCUGACAGAGGAGAAUUGGAAGACUACGGCCGUAUCAAAUACUUUAAUGAUCACUUAGGCGUCAUCCUUGACGUGAUUAACAAUGACGGGGUCAAUAUCCUCGGGUACACUGCUUGGACUCUUAUGGAUAACUUCGAAUGGAGGGCUGGAUUCUCAGAACGUUUUGGGUUCUACUACGUCGACAUUACGGACCCCGAGCGCCCCCGUACGGCCAAAUUGUCUGCUGAGUAUUACAAAAAAUUACUUGCAACUCGUGAGCUACCUCAAGACGAACACUUCCUACCACCAUCGAUGAGGACAGUGUACUAAUUAAUGGGACAUGGAUAGUGACUGCAGCUAUACUUACUAACAUAAUAAUGCUUGAUAAAGACACAACGAAUUUGUACGGAGUGUUAUAUUUACAUUGCUUUGUAAAUAAUAAUCUUUUCAACCCUUUUAUUUUCCUUUUAAGCAAAUAUUUAUUUUUACAGCCAUUCAAAAUCGAGUUGUAACGAAAUGGGGAAAAUUGAAAAUAACGAUUGAUAUUAAAACAAAUAUUUAUUUAUUAAUAAGAAUUUUGAGUUUUAUAAUAUAAUUAAAUUACUGUAUAGAUUACAGGGGACGAUGAUUAUAAUUUCAUUGUUAUAACAUUGAUACGUCACAUACACUACAAUGAAAACUUGCAUGUCGGCGAAAAUGUUUGUAAAAUAAUAUGAGAUGUUGAAUAAUUUGUUAUUAAAUGUUCGUCAACAUUUGA